CGAUGUGGAAGCUUCACUACAGUCCACAAAUUCGUGUCAGACAUGUUUAAAAUAGAAGAAACGAUAAUAGAAAACGUAGCAAAAACUUUUGUUAAGGGCAAAGAAAGUACAGAGGAUGAUAUUAGAACCAUUCAAAAGUGGAUAAGUGAACAGCCGCACUUUUUGCAACCUUUAGAACGAAGAAGUAUUACUAACUUUCUAGUUCUUAAUAAAUUUACUAUCGAGAGAACUAAAGAAAAAAUUGACAAUUAUUAUACAAUCAGGACCAAGCUGGAUGAAGUUUACAAGGAAAUGAAUCCUAGAUUUUCAUCCUACGUGGAAGAAGUUAAUCAGAUAGCUUACUUUGUUGCUCAUCCGGAAUUAAUCGAUUUCAACAGAGUAUUUUUCUUUAAGAUUCGCAAUCCAGAUUUAGCGGAAAAGUUAGACAAUUACGUUUUGCUGCGUUAUGUUAUGGCUUGUCAGGAAAUAAGAAUGAGAGAAGAUGUCAUGUAUGGAGAAAUAUACGUUGUUGACUGUGAACAUGUACCUUCAUCCUUCUUUUUAAAGUUAACACCGACUUUUGUAUAUAAAUGUUUGAUUACAAUUUACCAGCAAAUUUAUUCCUUUCGAUUGAACGCUCUGUACGUAAUUAACCUUCCUGUAUUUGGACAAACACUGAUAAAAAUUAUAAAGAUGGUCAUAAGGCCAAAACUUUUUGAAAGAAUGCAUAUCCUCCCAGAUGAUACUACGAUCAAAGAAAAAUUUCCUGAAGAUCUUUUACCGGUGGAUUUUGGUGGAAAAGGAAUUUCGCUUGAGAAAUUACAAGAAAUGAUGGUUGCUGAAUAUCAACAACAUCUUAGUUUCUUCGACGAUCUGGAAAAAUUUAAGGUCGAUGAAAAUCUUCGACCAGCGAAAUUGGAAAAUGAUGAAAUGUUGGGGUUCUAUGGCAAUUUCAAAAAAAUGAAUGUCGUUUAGUUGUGACACUGGGUUUUUAUAUUUAUUUUGCUAAUGAAUAUGUACAUUUUCAUCAGCGAUAAACUUUUACAAUAUGUAUAUUUGCAAAU